AUGCAUGGUCGGUUGAAAGUAAAGUCAACUGCAGAACAGUUAGAAGCAAAAAAGAAGGAGAGGGAGAAGAAACUUCAGCUGUACAAUGCAGCAACAUCAAAAAUAAUUAGUAAGAAAAAGAAUGGAGAACUGGACGAGGAGCUGCUACUGGUGUCUGCUGAAGUCCUGGCGGUCAACCCAGACUUUUAUACUUUGUGGAAUUAUAGGAAGGAGACAUUUUUGGAACUACAGAAAACCAAAUCCAAAGAAGAGCUGCAGAAGAUGUUUCUGUCAGAGCUGAUCUUCCUGGAGUCUUGUUUGAGAGUCAACCACAAAUCUUAUGGCACCUGGCACCAUCGAUGCUUUGUCAUGGACACAAUGCCAGAACCUGACUGGAACAGGGAACUUGAACUGUGCAAUGAUUUCCUGAAAUAUGACGAGAGAAACUUUCAUUGCUGGGACUACAGAAGAUUUGUUGUGAAAAGAGCCAAUGUUCCCCCGGAAGCAGAGCUGAAGUUUUCUUUGAGCAAAAUCAACAACAAUUUCUCCAACUACUCAUCCUGGCACUAUCGAAGCAAGUUACUGCCCGUGCUUUACCCAGAUCCAAAGCAGCCAAUGGGUGUCAGUGAAGAGGCCUUGUUGAAAGAGUAUGAACUUGUCCAGAAUGGAUUUUUCACCGACCCAGACGAUCAGAGCAACUGGUUUUACCAUCGCUGGUUAAUGGGACGAGGAGAGCAAGUACAGGGAGUGAACUGUUUUAUUGUAUCAAGACUGGACAACAGUGCUAUUGUUUCUUUCACAAAACAUAUCAAGGUUGGCAAAGCUACAGAUAUCGUACUUGAGAUCAACAAUACCCGACAAGAACAUCUAACCUGGCACAAUCCAGACAGAAGUUCCCUGUUCUCCACUAUGUGGAUAUCCUUUGAUGGUUAUUUGAUUUUCUCCCUUAACAUAAAUUACAUAACGAAUGACCUCUGUCUGCCAAAGAAUGAAGAAUGCAGCAUCAGGGCAACUCUGAUAGAAAACGACGCAGCUAUUUGCAGUUCUUGCCUACAUCUUGACGUCAGUGAUGAUAGCAAGAGUGUCACAUCCUCAAGACCAAGUGGUUCAAGUCAGUUCAGCCAAGAACUGAGUGCUCUCAAAAGUGAUGUCCUGCAGCAAGAGUUACAGUCCAUCUUGGAACUAAUGGAGAUGGAGACAGACAACAAAUGGGUUGUGCUGACUGUGGUUCUACUGAUGAAAGCUCUUGAUCCAUUCAAAUACGAGAUGGAAAUCAUGAACAACCUUGACAGACUUGAGGCCUUGGAUUUUAAGAGGGUCAACUAUUACAAAGAUUUACGAAGUAAAUUCCUUGUUGAGAAUCUGAUAGACACUUCUGAAGGUGAUAUAAAGUCAGUUGACCUGAAAGGAAAGAAGCUGACCAAACUCUACCACACAGAGCUGUUACCUCUAGUUACUGUCCUUGACCUAUCGGAUAAUCACGUUCAAGAGGCGAAGUAUUUCAACCAUCUGCAAAGUUUGGUAGAACUAAACUUAUCUACCAAUGGCGUACAAAAUUGUGAGGGACUUCAGCAUUUACCGAAAUUGGAAAAACUCUUGCUGCGUGACAAUCGUUUGUCAUCACCACUGAGCUUUCAGCCCCUGCAGUCUUGCCCCAAACUGAAACACCUGAACAUCUCUGGAAAUCCAAUUUGUGAGAGUGAAGAUCUUAUAGAGCAACUUAGAGAAUUACUGACUGGUGUUGAAAUCAUACUCAAGUCUUCUUGA